AUCAUGUGGCCAUUUGUCUCGAAGUACCCAUCCAGGAGCUUGGAGGAGAUUGCAAACCAAGAUUUCGAUUACAUCGUGGUGCCAGGUGGCACGGCGGGAUGCGUCGUAGCUUCUCGACUGAGUGAAAAUCCGGAUACCCGAGUUCUGCUCCUGGAGCGCGGACCUGCUAUAACCAGUUGGAUAUCCCGGGUCCCUCUGCUAUCUCAAGACUUCCGACGGGCCACGUCUCCGGCAUACAAAUGGGCAUCACAACCGUUGCAGGCUCUAAGCAGCUUGACAAACCGAUUGGUCACGGGCAAGGCGCUUGGGGGCACAUCGAAGAUCAAUGCGAACAUUUAUCAUAGGUCAACGCCCGCUGAUUAUAACGCUUGGUCGACCUCAGGUGUAGAGGGAUGGAGAUGGUCUGACGUUGAGCCCUUCUUCAACAAGUCCGAGACAACUCUAUCGCAUACCGACUCCGCGCAUCGUGGACAUGAUGGUCAUGAGCUUUCCUCGUAUAUUCCCUCUUCGGAGCCUCUUACAAGGGGGACGAUAAGAGUCAUUAGAGCAUGCGCUUCUGUUGGAAUUCCCUAUUUGUCCGAAAGCAACGAUCCGGAUUCUCAAUCGUUCGGAUGUACACGCUUCGACGUCACUCUCGGGGAAGAUGGACUCCGUCAGUCGUCGUUCGACGCGUUUCUUCCUGUUGAGGUUGCCGCAAGCCGAAAAGAGAACCUCUUCAUAUGUCCCGGGGUUGUCGCGACUUCCAUCCAUCUACGGGAGACGGCUGAAGGGCCUAGGGCCGUUGGCGUACAGAUCGAGUACGAAGACGCGGACGCCGAUAUGGCACCCGUUUCGUUCAUCGCGCGAGCGCGGCGCGAAAUCGUCGUGACUUCGGGUGCUAUUGGAAGCCCGCAAUUGCUGAUGCUCAGCGGGAUUGGUCCUGCUGACCACCUGACGAACCUUGGAAUACAAGUCCACAAAGACCUUCCAGGGGUAGGAAGGGGGCCGCAAGACCAUUCCGCUGUCGCCGUCGAAUACAAGGUACCAAAGUCUGAUACCCUCCAUGCAGCCGAGAGUUCGCCCAUCCUGGUCCUUCGCGAGCUCGUCAAGUUCCUGUUGUUCGGGACUGGUCUCUUCCUCUCCCCAAAUCCUCAAGUCUCGAUCUUUGCAAUGUCUAGGACCCUCGAUUUUGAUUCUGAUCCCCCCGUUCGCGUCGAAGGGCGUGAUCUCGACGCCCACAACCCGGAGAAUAUCUGCGACAUCGAGAUCAUGCCGAUUCCUGCCAACGCGCGUGACCCCUUGUUCAAGGAUCAACUCGCACCGUCGGAAGCGGGUUUUACGUUCUUGUGCGCCGGCCUUCGCCCCAAAUCCAAUGGUACUGUGCGUUUGCGCUCCUUGGAUCCUCGCACCCGGCCGGUUUGCGACCUGCGAACAUUCGCUGAAGGGGAAGACCUUGUCGUCAUGCGCAAGGCUGUCAGACUGGCGCUCUUGCUCAGCAGUAAGAUGCGCGAACAAGGCUAUCCCAUGAACGAUUUGCACGUUCCGAAGAGCGAGAGCGAUGUGGACCUCAACGACUUCAUCUUAAAGGACGCACAUUCAACGUAUCACUACUCCUCCACGUGCCGAAUGGCCCCGGAAGACCAGCAAGGAGUGGUAGAUGAUCAGCUGCGGGUGCACGGCGUCCUCGGACUUCGCAUAGCUGACGCAAGCGUCUUUCCUACAAUCCCGGCGACUCAUCUCCAGGCACCAGUUGUCAUGGUCGGCGAGCGGUGCGCGGCGUUCAUGGCCGACUAA